UCGGUUGCGGCCCGACGGCGGCGGGGAGGCCCGGGCGGAGCAGCCCCGGGCGGGGUGGGGGUAUGUGAAGAGACGAGGCCGGCAGGGUGAGGCGAGGCGCGGUGUGGAGCCGGCCUGACCGUCCCCUGGGCCCCUCUGAGGAGACGCCGAGCGCGCGCGCCAGCGGCCCCUUUCCCUCCCCCUCGGCCCCGGCCCCUUCCCCGCCCCGGCCGCCGCCUGAGGGGAGAGGCCCCGCCGCUCCUCCGCCGGGCCCCGCAGCUCCGCGCCGCGCUCAGCGGCUCUGCCUUCUCCCUCGGCUCCCUCCACUGAACCACGGGGGCCUCGUACAUGAAUUAUGUCGGCCACAAGCGUUGACCCUCAGAGGCUGAAAGGACAGGAUAAUAAAGUGCAAAAUGGUUCGUUACAUCAGAAGGAUACAGUUCAUGACAACGAUUUUGAACCUUACCUUUCCGGGCAGUCAAAUCAGAACAGUAGCUAUCCAUCAAUGACUGAUCCUUAUCUGUCCAGUUAUUAUCCACCAUCUAUUGGGUUCCCCUAUUCUCUCAGUGAAGCACCAUGGUCUACAGGGGGAGAUCCUCCUAUCCCGUAUCUCACCACCUAUGGACAGCUCAGUAAUGGAGAUCAUCAUUUUAUGCACGAUGCUGUUUUUGGACAGCCUGGAGGCCUGGGAAAUAACAUCUACCAACACCGGUUUAACUUUUUCCCUGAAAAUCCUGCCUUCUCAGCAUGGGGAACAAGUGGAUCCCAAGGACAGCAGACUCAAAGUUCAGCAUAUGGGAGCAGUUACAGCUACCCACCCAGUUCACUGGGCGGUACCAUUGUGGAUGGACAAACAGGAUUUCAUAAUGAUACAUUAAAUAAAGCUCCUGGAAUGAACAGUAUUGAACAGGGAAUGGUUGGACUUAAGAUUGGUGGAGACGUUACAACCUCUGCAGUAAAAACAGUAGGUUCUGUUGUCAACAGUGCCGGGAUGACAGGUGCCCUCUCUGGUAACAGUGGAUCUAAUGUCAACUUGCCAGUAUCUAAACCAACCUCUUGGGCUGCUAUAGCAAGCAAGCCUGCGAAACCACAGCCUAAAAUGAAAGCAAAAACUGGACCUGUAAUCGGAGGAGCAUUGCCUCCUCCACCUAUAAAGCAUAAUAUGGACAUAGGUACUUGGGAUAAUAAGGGUCCUGUGGCAAAAGUUCCUGCCCCCCAACAGAUCCCUUCUCCUCAGUCUGUUCCACAGCCACAGCAAACAAUUGUUCAACCUGUUCCAACUCAACCUCCUCCAUUGACUCAGCCGCAGUAUCAGAGCCCUCAGCAGCCACCCCAAAAUCGCUGGGUAGCUCCUCGCAACAGAAAUGUAGCUUUUGGCCAAAGCGGAGGAACUGGUAAUGACAGCAACUCAGUUGGCAGUACCCAGCCUAACCCUGUUCCAACUGGCGAGUCCCAUCCCGUUCUUGAAAAACUGAAAGCUGCUCAUAGCUAUAACCCUAAAGAUUUUGAAUGGAACCUUAAAAAUGGGCGUGUGUUCAUAAUAAAGAGCUAUUCUGAGGAUGAUAUUCAUCGUUCCAUUAAGUAUUCUAUUUGGUGUAGUACGGAACAUGGCAACAAACGCCUGGACAGUGCUUUUCGGUCCAUGAAUAGCAAGGGUCCAGUCUACUUGCUGUUCAGUGUCAAUGGCAGUGGACACUUCUGUGGAGUAGCGGAGAUGAAAUCACCUGUGGACUAUGGCACCAGUGCAGGUGUCUGGUCUCAGGACAAGUGGAAGGGAAAAUUUGAUGUCAAGUGGAUCUUUGUGAAGGAUGUGCCCAACAACCAGCUCCGACACAUCAGGCUGGAGAACAAUGACAACAAACCUGUUACAAACUCCCGUGAUACACAGGAGGUGCCCUUAGAAAAAGCAAAACAAGUGCUUAAAAUUAUUGCUACUUACAAGCACACGACCUCCAUCUUUGAUGACUUUUCUCAUUAUGAAAAGCGCCAAGAAGAGGAGGAGGUGGUGCGGAAGGAACGUCAGAAUCGAAACAAACAAUAAGAAUAAACAUAUACAGUUUGAUAUAUACUAGAACUGAUACUAAAUUCGACUAUGAGAAACAAAAUUAAAGUAUACUGGUGCUGUAUCCUGGCAUCAGGACAAACUAAAGCUUUCAGCUCCAAUAUAUCUUCUCGUGCAGGGGAAAUUAAGUUGUCUCAUCUUUAAGUACAUUGUAGUUUAUUUUUGCCCAGGUGGAUCUGCAUUAAUUUGUAUCUUUUUUUUUCCUAUGUAAAAUUCUGUAGAAAUCAUUAAUAAAAGUGUGUCUGUUUUUAUUUUUUUUAAGUUGGUAAACAGUUCUAUUAACCUAAUGUGGACCUAUACACGAGCAUACUAAAGUGUCAAUGCUUCCCAAAGACUUUAUUUUGGCACAAAUUAUGUUCCUAGCCAGAUAUACAGAUUAUGGAGAAUACAUGACAAAUCUUCCUUUCUCCUCCUCCCAAGCCCUUUUUGUUCAUGGUGGAAGUAAGAAACCAUACACUGAUUUUUUUAUUAUUAUUAUUAUUUUUUUGUUUUCCUCCCUCCAUUUAAAAAACUUUUAAGAUACUGUACUUCACAAUUUUGAAAUGAAAAAAACUAAAUCUCUGAUCACUUUGUGCAGCUGCUCUGCCUCUUUAUUUAUCUGUACAAUUACACUUUUGAAACUGCUAAUGCGCCAUGUUGGUUUUUUCUGUCUAGUAGAAAAUCAACUUGUCAGUGAAAUUGUUUCUCUGGCCAAUAUUUCCCUCUCACGUUCUGUUGAGCAGUGCUUCAGUGUGCAUUUGUUAUACCAUAUCCUGCCGAGGGUGAGCGAGAUGCUUUCUCUCCGCCAUAAUUCUGCUUUACGGUUUUUGUAGCUUAAUUAAAUAAUAAUGUGAUGCUAUCAACAUUGCAGGGGUUUUGGACAAUGUGUUGAAACCUGUUUCAGCUUUCAGGUGUUAUUAGUUAAUUGCAGAUCAUUUUUAAUCCUUCCUGUCGUUACUCCCUCCCACCCCCCAAAUCCUAAUGCCAUUUAAAGUUUUUAUACCAAUAAUGCUGAGCUUUAACGUAGGAACUAAUAGUACGGAUAAUAUGAUGGAUUAUGCCUCAGAUGUUUAAAAUUGACAGUGUGUAUGUCUAAUUCUUUUUUUUUUUCUGUUGGAUGAGUAAAAAAACCUGUUUUAAGAAACUGAAUUUACUGUCAUGUUUUUGUGGAGUGAGGGGACCGUCGGAGAACCUGUCACCAACCGGAGUUCCAAUUACGCAUGGAAAUGGUGCUCAUGUCCGCUGCUCUAGCACACUGAAUCUGCACGUCUUUAUCGUAGAGGAUCUUUUACUAUAUUAGCAAGUAUCUUCUGAAUACUAUUUACUCCAAAAGGACCUCCAAUUUAAAUAAAGUUUAAUCUGUAUCAUUUAGACUUGUAUCUAGAACGUAUAACUCUGUCUCUGGACUGUUCCUGCCUGUAAGGGGUAAUGGACAGCAUCAGAUUAACUUUUUCCUCUAGGAGAAUACAAGCCUUAAUAAACAAUACAUAUUUAGCAA